UAGCGCGCCACAGAGGGUGGAAAAGAAAAAAAGAGCCGUCCAAAAGCAACAAACGAUUUGACCAAGAACCGCGAAGCGAAUCAGAAACUUCUCAAUCCCACUCCAUCCCCGCCCUCUGCCGUCUUAAACCCAACCAAACCGUACCUUCCCAUUAAUAAUUGCCAGAUGCCUGCCAUUUUUGAAAACCAGUUAACACUAUGGAUCAACGUAGUGAUUCAGAGAACCUCUCACCCUUCAUAUCAGACCGAGUCCUCGUCAACGGGAAAGUGGUUCCCCUGACGUUCACCAGAGACGGGAAGCUUUUGUGGAACCAUAACGACCGGCGGUGCUUGAACGUUGAGAAGGAGGCUCUCGGAUUCACCUUCGAAGGUUCUAGAAUCCGAGUCAAUGUCGUCGUCGAAAAGAGAGAUAGAAUCCUCUGUUUCGCGAACAUGGGAGGUAUAGGGAGGCAGAGUUUCGUGUUCGAGCCUCUCUCUGAGGAAUCGCUCACUCUCUGGUCUCAGAAGCUUCGUGAUUAUAUUGAUUCUCUCGGUAGGCCAAAGAGACUAUUGAUAUUUGUGAACCCGUUUGGAGGGAAGAAAUGUGCAACUAAAAUUUUCGUAGAAGAUGUAAGACCUUGCCUUGAAGAUGCUGAUAUACAGUUUACUGUCAUAGAAACUAAACAUCAGCUGCAUGCUAAAGAAGUUGUCAAAACCUUGGAUUUAUCAAAAUAUGAUGGAAUUGUUUGUGUUAGUGGCGAUGGAAUCCUUGUUGAGGUGAUAAAUGGAUUACUUGAAAGAGAAGAUUGGAGUGAUGCAAUAAAGAUGCCUAUAGGAAUGGUUCCUGCUGGAACGGGAAAUGGCAUGGUGAAGUCUUUGCUGGAUUCAGCUGGUGAAAUAUGUAGCCCAUCUAAUGCCAUUCUUGCUGUUAUCAGAGGGCAUACACGUUCGUUGGAUGUAGCUACUAUCUCGCAAGGGAAAACAAGAUUUUUUAGUGUCUUGAUGCUUGCAUGGGGUCUGAUAGCAGACAUUGACAUCGAAUCUGAAAAGUAUAGAUGGAUGGGGAGUGCUCGUAUUGAUUUCUAUGCUCUUCAACGUAUAACAUAUUUAAGGCAUUACAAUGGACGUGUUUCUUUUGUGCCUGCUCCUGGCUUUGAAGAGUAUGGCGAGCAAACCAGUUAUUCUGGUGAACCUUCCUGUGAAACAAGCACAAGUCAACAAGAGUCCCUUAACAUUCAACAGCCUGGGUACCUUGGAUCCGAUGUUAAGUUGGAGAACAUGCAUUGGAGGACUAUUAGCGGACCAUUUGUUUCAAUCUGGCUUCAUAAUGUACCGUGGGGAAGUGAAGAUGUCCUGGCUGCACCCAAUGCAAUGUUCUCGGACGGUUAUUUGGACUUGAUUAUCGUAAAGGACAUCCCGAAAUUAUCCUUGCUGUCAUUACUAUCAAAAAUGAAUGAUGGGAGUCAUGUACAUUGUCCACACGUUAUGUACCUUAAGGUGAAGGCAUUUGUGUUGGAGCCUGGUGCUCGAAUCGAUGAUCCAAUGAAGGAAGGGAUCAUCGACUCAGAUGGUGAGCUACUUGCCAGGGGAAAUGUAACAUACAAGGGUAAUGUAAAGUGCUAUAUGGCGUACGAUAAGCUUCAAAUAACCGUGGAUCAAGGUUUAGCUACUUUGUUUGCACCUGUAUAGAGCCUGUAAGUUGAUUAUAGAUGAGCCCUGUUUUAUUUUACAUUGAUUUAAAGGUUUUAUGUUACUAAAAAAAGUCUGUUUAGGGGAUUGAAGUUUUUGAAAUUUUGAAAGGAAAAAUGAUAAUAUUUGAUGGCAGAAA